AUGGACGUGGGCGCCGACGAGUUCGAGCAGAGCCUCCCUCUGCUGCAGGAGCUGGUCCAGGGCGCGGACUUCGUGGGUCUGGACAUAGAGUUCACGGGCCUUCGCACUAACCUGUCCCGGUGCCAGCAGAUCAGUCUUUUUGACUUGCCAUCGGAGUGGUACCUCAAGACCCGCCGGAGUGUUCAGCAGUUCACGAUCUGUCAGAUUGGACUGUCUGUGUUUUCCAGUGUCGAAGGAGAGGCAAACAAGUACGUAGCCCAUUCAUGUAACUUCUUUCUCUUCCCUACGACGUUUGGGAUUCUGGACUCGGAAUUCUCUUUCCAGGCCUCCAGCGUACAGUUUCUGAAUCAGUACGGCUUCGACUAUAACAAGUUUCUCAAACACGGAAUCCCAUACAUGAACGAGGAGCAGGAGAAGCAAGUCAAGCACAGCAUCCUGACCGGGAACUGGCGCGUUCGCAGUUCCCUGGAUAAAGACCAAAUGAAGGCGGUCAUCGAUGAGGUGACCCGGUGGCUGCACCUGGCGGAGGAAGGCGACUGGAUGGCGCUCCCGGGUAUCGCUGGCUUCCAGGCCUUCGAGGUGCAGCUGGUGCUGAGGCAGGCCCUCCCGGACAUCUGGACGGCGCUGAGAGACCAGGCGGUGAUAGUGAGGAAGGUGAGCAGGCAGCACCGCUGGCACCUCCAGCACUCCUCCUGCGACCGGGAGAGCUGCUGGCGGCAGAAGAUCCUGCUCUCCGCCAGGGGCUUCUCCGUGUUUUUCCAGAUGCUGGUGCAGGCCCAGAAGCCCUUGGUGGGACAUAACAUGAUGAUGGACCUGCUGCAUCUGCAUGAGAAGUUCUUCAGGCCCCUCCCAGAAAGCUACCAGCAGUUCAAGCGGAACAUCCACAGCCUCUUUCCCGUCCUCGUGGACACGAAGAACGUGACCAAGGACAUAUGGAAGGAGCUGAACUUCCCGAGGGUGUCCAACCUCUCCGAGGUGUACGACGUCCUGAGCAGUGACUUGAAUCCCACCAAGGAUUCUGGGCCAGUGAUUGUUCACGCCAGCAAGUGCGAGAAAUACGCUGAGACAAAGUGCCCCCACGAAGCAGCGUACGACGCCUUCCUCUGCGGAUCAGUUCUCCUGAAAGUGGCGCACCUGCUCCUGUGGAGGGUGCACGGCGCCGGCUCCGCCCUGGAGCCCUCCUUCCCCCUGUACCUGGACGUGCUGGCCCCCUACGUGAACCAGGUGAACCUGAUCCGUGCCGGGGUCCCCAAGAUCAACUUCUCUGGCCCAGAUUAUCCCAGUAUCCGGCCCCCCAUCCUCGUCCUCAGCGUCCGGAGGUGGCCGGGGCUCACCGAGCAGCAGGUCUACCGCGAGUUCCAGAGCCUCUGCAAAUUCGACGUCCGCCGACUCACGCAGAACCAGUUCCUGCUCUUGACCAACAAGUUCAAGGACGCCCGGAGCGUCCUGAAGGAGUACCGGGGCCACCCCGCGCUGCAGGUGUCGCUCUACCGGUACUGGAGGCACUCCCCCGACGUGCACUGCCUGCUGCGAGUCUGUGGCAUAGUCACCGCCUGGGCCCUUCUCACGUUUCUCCUGGGGCGACCUGGCCCCUGACGCCGCCCGAGCCCUGCGGCUCCCGUCUCCACGCCGCUCCGGAGGCCAGGCCCUCGUAUUCGUGUCAGUCGCAUCUACUUGCCAUGGACGUGCCUGGUCAUUGCGAGGAGCUUUGCUGUGUGUGAAGGGGAAAUUCUGUAAAUACUGUCCAUGGUACAGACACCCUUGGUGGCUCUCCCUGCAGUGUCUCACCUCUACCUUCUCUCCCCUCGGCUCCCCGGGCCCUCUUUGCUGGAACCUGUUUCCUGAGCCCGUUUCUUCUAUAGCUCACUUCUUCCUCUAUGACUUUCUAAAUAAGCUUCCUCUUAUUAAGAAAAAAAAAAAAAAAAGAGCCUUGGCCGGAUGGCUCAGUUGGUUGGACAUCGUCCUGUGCACCAAAAAGGUGCUGUUUGAUUCCUGGUCAGGGCACACGCCGGGUUUGCAGGCUCAAUCCCCGGUAGGUGGCAUGUAGGAGGUCUCUCUCUCUCCUUCCC